CAAAUUGAAUUUAAUUAUCGUAUUUAUAUAUAUAUAUUUGUUAAUACAUGUUCCACUCGCAUUUGCAGUGCAAUGCGUUAGAUCUUGUUUUUGUGUACAUAUAUGUGUUUGUGUGUGUGAUUUGUCUGCCAAAGAAGAAGCGCAAGGAGCAACAGUGAAACGAAACGAGAGCGCGCGUGUCAAAGUCAAAAGUUUUGCAUAAAUUAAUACUGUUGAUUGUUGGUGCUGCUGCUACGGCUGCUACUGAUACUGUCAGGUGCUUGGCUGUGGGGUGAUUUCUUACGGUGUGAUGCGGAGGGCGACAGAAUUGCAGAAGUAAAUCAACAGUUCACGCCAACCAUUGUUGUCAUCAGUGCCACCAUCAUCAUCAUCAUCAUCAUCAGCAGCAGCAGCAGCUGAGAGAGAUCCAGAGCAGGCUGCAGACAGACAGCCAGAGGCAGCCUUAGAGCCCAUUUUCCGAUACGCCAAAGUCAAUUAGAACAGUCGCCACCACGACGUCGCCGCCGAAAGCUUACUUGUUGUCAGCCGAGCACUUGGACGACGCCAGCGCCGACGAUCGCGGGCGUGUCUACAAGCUGAGGAAGAAGAAAUAUCUCAGCGGGCCUCACAUCACAUAGAUACCGACCCAGGAUAGAUAGUGGACGAGUGUGUGGACGGAGGAGCAGUGCGAACAGAGAGGCAGUGAAAGUGGAAGUGUGAACAAGAGACAGAGAGAGCGAGAGAGAGAGAGAGAGAGAGAGAGCUCUGCCAAGAUGCCGGUGCAGUCCCCCAUUGAGAUCAGCAACCGGGCCAUCGAGCAUAUCGAUGAUGUGGAUCCCCUCGAAUACCAUGGCCACUGGGAGCCGGUGGGUGUGGCCCGUGUCCAAAACACAGGCACCUCGGCCAUGGUCACCUUCAGUAAGCGAAAACAGCAGCCGUAUAUCAUUGGCGGGGCACUGGACACGAAUAAAUAUGUAUUCGAGCAGUUGCACUUCCAUUGGUCGGACUCGGAUGAGUCGGGCUGCGAGCACACACUGGAGGGCAUGAAGUACUCAAUGGAGGCACAUGCCGUCCACUACAAUGCCAAGUACAAGGACUUCACCGAGGCCAAGAACAAGCCGGACGGCCUCGCUGUGGUUGCCUUCUUCAUACAGGCAUGCGGCGAGAAGGAUUGCCCCGAAUUCAAGAAGAUCACUGAAGGCAUACGCAUUGUCCAAAAGAUAAGCACGAGCGCAUCGCUGGAUUCCGAUUGCCUAUCGUGGAUUGGUCUGCAGGAGCUGAGCAAACACUAUUACACAUACAAGGGAUCGCUGACAACGGCGCCGUACUUUGAGAGCGUCACAUGGAUUAUCUACCGCACACCUAUCUAUGUGUCGAGGGGUCAGGUGAGCGUCUUUCGCAACCUGCAAUCGUGUCCCAAAGAUGAAUCCAAAAAGAUAGUCAACAAUUAUCGCGAGAUACAGCGGCCGCACAAGGACCCAGAGAUCUUCUUUGCCCGCAACACAAACCUAAAGUCAAAAUUAUGAUGUGUUUGCUGUGUGACACCGAACUCUCGAAAUGUGAGGCUCGGCUCUCGCUCGAUCGAUCCAUGCUCUUCGUCAUGCGUCACACACACAUUGCCACGACCGAAAAACCAAAACCGAAACGAUUCUCUUUUCUGUUUUGUUCUCCACCACUCCCGCCCCUGAACCGGGUCAUUCCUCUUUUGAAUCGUAAAUUAAACUUCAACUAUAUUUUAUAUAUGUAUGUAAAUCUAUCGAUGGUUGUCGUCUGUAAGCUGCUAUCCAACUAUAUCUAUAUAUAUCUUUUUUUUCUGUUUGAUUUUUGUUUUGUUUGUUACUUUGCCUCAUUUUGUACAUAGCGUUAUAUUAAAGUAGUGGAUAUACCAUUAAUAUAUCAAGUAAUUACGUUACGAUUUACGAUCAUUAUAGUCGGAACACGCGGUUGCCUUGCAUUAGAUAUUUCAGAGAAAUAUUUAUCACACACACACACACACACACAAACAACUAACUACUUAAGAAGACAUUUAACUAACUAUAUCUCUACUCUAUACCUACAUCUACAUCCUACGUAUUUCCAUCGAUUGAUCUUUGUAACAUAGACACAGAGAUUGUGACAUACGAGAAUGAAUUGAAUACAAAACAAAAGCAAAACAACU